UUUGUAAUGGUUCAUUAACAUUAAGUUCCUUUAUAUGUCUUCUAUAUUAAAAUACAAUCAACCCAAUGCAAUUGCUGCUUAGGAACGCCUAAGACCGCCAAACGAUGACCUUAAAAUCAUCGCAUGUCACAAAAUCGCGUGUACGUGCCGCAGAGCAAUAAUUUCAACACGAUAGAACUUUAUCUUUAAUUUUAUCUUCGUUAUUUCAUCAUCCACUAAAGCUAAGACGUUAUCUGACGUUUGACGAACUUUUGACAUCGUGGAUAACAUUUGAUGCGAUCAGUAGUGUAUCAUUGUAAUUUUUCAAUAUCUAAAUGUUUUGUUCACUGACAAGUCACCUGCAAUAAUAUGACCGCAGCUUAGGAGGAGUCCAGAUGCAUACUCUGCUAAUUGUAUUUGCAUCAGAAAUAUGAGACCUUUGACUUUAAGCAUUGUCGCGACUGUGUACAUCAUCAUCAUAAUCAGCAGCGUCAAAAAAAAGAGCGUAAAUCGAGUUGCGCAACCCACUCACAAACACACCGAUAAAAUUCGGUAUAUAAGCAACUUCAAAGCAAGCGUUUAGGAACAAACGAUUUUCAGACCUUUGCAGGGGAAUUGCCCUUGAUCUUUCCAUCAACUACCAUGCCUAUUGUUGACUCUGGAAGCGUUGGGGAGCUCUCCGCCGCGGAGAAGUCCCUCGUCGUCAGCGCCUGGGCCCCCGUGUACGCCAAGUACGAGGAGGCCGGCGUGGACAUCCUGGUGAAGUUCUUCAGUGACAACCCCGGCGUGCAGGACUUCUUCCCCAAGUUCAAGGGGCUCGACUCGGCCGACCAGCUCAAGAAGUCUCCCGCCGUGCGCUGGCACGCCGAGAGGAUCAUGAACGCCGUCAACGACGCCGUGGUGGCCCUGGACGAACCCGCGAAGCUGAGCCUGAAGCUCAAGGCGCUGAGCAAGAAGCACGCCCAGGAGUUCAACGUGGACCCCCAGUACUUCAAGGUUCUGGCUGGAGUCAUUUCCGACGCAGUUGCCAAGAGUGGCGAUGCGAAGGCUGCUGUUGAUAAGUUCCUGAGCCAGGUGGUGAUUCUGCUCAAGUCCGCCUAUUAAACCGCAGCAACCUCCCUUCCUACGACCUUGGCUUUAUUCCUCGGAAAAGUUGCUAAAGAUUCAAAACCGAUAGGCUUCUGCAAUUUGCCGUUCGCAGCGUUUCCCCGAUGUGUUGUAACUAAAGCGCGUUGUGCGUGAAACGUGGAAU